AUGGGGCCCAGAACAAAACCCUCCGGAUCUCCCUCUUCUUCCCUUCAGUUUCUUCUGCUCCUGUUCCUGCUCCUGCUCACUUUCUCGUCCUCCGUUCGAGCGAUAGAGUCUUCGAUUGGCUGUACCGUCCUGCCGUCGAAUAACUCUACCGAUCUCUCGUUCACGAACCACAAACGAUUCCAUCUGCAGUCCGCUCGGUUCAACUUCCCGCCUGGUGUCAUCAUCGCACCUCUGACCCAGUCCUUGGUCGAUUUGAAUGGUACCGAUCUUCAGAGUUUCAAUGUCACUGGCAAUCUAGUGGGCGUCAACGCACAAAAUUCACUCCAACUAAACACAGGUGACAUAGCUUUCGUCAGCUGCGACCCUUCUGUGUACCCUGGAAAUCUGGAUGCCAGUGCAACUGUGACCAAUCUUCUCACCGCGCAGGACAAGGCAGCUGCCGUGCUCCUGUACAGCACUUCCGCUUCCCACUGCAACUACACCGUGAAUGACGGCGCUGCUGGGCAAUACCCCAACGUCUUCACCCUUCUUGACUCGGCCUUCGCAACCACUUUAAAUUUCCAACCCAGCCCGCUGAACGGAGACCAACCCAUCAGCAUCGUCUACAAUAUGUCGUUUGUCGGCACCGUGAAUCCGCCGACGUCGGACGGGCCUGCAGACAGCCCCAAUACUGCUAUGAUCAUCCUGUAUAGCAUCACAGGCAUCAUCACCGCCCUUUUCUUAGCUAUCAUCAUUACCGGCGCCAUCCGGGCUCACCGGCAUCCGGAACGCUAUGGGCCCCGGUAUACGGCGGGACGACCCCGGCAAAGUCGAGCGAGAGGGAUAGCCCGGGCGAUGUUGGAUACGAUUCCGAUCGUCAAGUUCGGGGAUAACUAUGACCCCAAGGCGGAUGCGGUCAAGGGAGAUGUGGAAAUGUCGACGGGGACCGAGGAACAUGGGGUCACCCGUCCCAAUGAACGUCAAGAAGUGCCUGCUGCGGACGGAGCCCUCCAACCGGACGCCAACGACCGAACCAACAGCGAGAUUGCCCAUUCUCCAGCCAGUACGGAGCGACACGCAACGCCCGCACCGGGGGAAAACGAGUCGCCAACCGACCAUCCGAACUUCUCAUGUCCGAUCUGCACAGAUGACUUUAUUAAGGGCCAGGAUCUCCGCGUGCUGCCCUGCAACCAUCAAUUCCAUCCGGAAUGUAUCGACCCAUGGCUUGUGAAUGUGUCCGGCACCUGUCCAUUGUGUCGAAUCGACCUGAAUCCCGCUCAAGCGGAGGAGGACAAUGAACAUGGCGAGGCCGAAGCCUCGCCAGACCACCCAAAUGCGCCCACGGCAGACGCGACUCCAAACCGGCAACACCGCCGGAUCUCGUCCUAUCUGCAUGGCACCCUGAACGCGCGCCGCAUGCGCGAUGCGACCGUGGAGGAACGGCUGGCCGCGCUCCGGAGCGUUCGGGAGGCAGCGAGCCGCGGCGCACAGAACGAGGAUGCAGACGAGCGGCAACACCGACGCAGUCGUCUGACCGCGCGGUUACGCGACCGAUUCCGCAUACGGACCCGUACGCAUGGAGUCACCGAGGCUACCGAGCGAGCCUGA